GAAGAAAUUCUCAAAAAAAGUAUAUCUAGUGGAUUUUGCCUGUUAUAAACCUUCUCCUACUUGCAUCUGCAGCAAGGAAACGUUUAUAGAACAAUCAAAAUCUGGAGGAUAUUUUAAAGAUGAGAGCAUACUUUUCCAAAAAUAAAUUAUAGAUAAGUCUGGAUUUGGCGAUAAGACCUAUGUGCCUGAGUCCUUGUUGAAAAUUCCACCAUGUAUUUGUACUGUUGAAGCAAGGAAAGAAACAGAAUCAGUUAUUUUUGGUGCUAUUGAUGAGCUUUUAAUGAAGACAAAAAUGAAAGCUGAGGAUAUACAAAUUCUUAUAACAAAUUGUUCUGUAUUCAAUCCUUCACCUUCUCUUAGUGCUAUGGUUAUUAACCAUUACAAACUUAAGCAUCAAAUUUUGAACUAUAAUUUAAGCGGUAUGGGUUGUAGCGCUGGACUCAUAGCCAUAGACCUUGCCAAACAACUUCUACAGGUACAUCCAAACUCAUAUGCCUUAGUAUUGAGCACAGAAAAUAUUAACAUCGGAUAUCACAUAGGAAACAACAGAUCAAUGCUUGUUUCAAAUUGUCUCUUUCGUGUUGGUGGUGCUGCAAUCUUAUUAUCAAACAUUUCCUCUGAUUCUUGUCUUUCUAAGUAUCGCCUUAAACACACUGUUCGUACACACAAAGGUUCACAAGACAGUUGUUAUAAUUCAAUCCUUCAAAAAGAAGAUGAAACAAACAAAAUCACAAGCAUAUCACUUUCAAAAGAUCUAAUGAGUUCAGCGGGUAUUGCACUUAAAGAAAACAUCACAACACUUGGAAAAUAUGUCUUGCCUUUACUAGAACAGUUCAAGUUUAUUUCAUCUUUUGUUGUCAAAAAGUACUUUAACAACAACGUGAAGGUUUAUACACCUGAUUUUAAGCGGUGCUUUGAGCACUUUUGUAUACAUACCGGUGGAAAAGCAGUUCUAGCUGAGGUGCAAAAGGUGCUUGGAUUAAGUGAUUUUGAAUUAGAGCCUUCAAAGAUGACACUUUAUAGAUAUGGUAAUACUUCAAGUAGUUCAAUUUGGUAUGUGUUAGCAUAUUGUGAAGUUAAAGGGAGAAUAAGAAAAGGUGAUAGGAUUUGGCAAAUUGCAUUUGGGUCUGGAUUUAAGUGCAAUACUGCUGUUUGGUGUGCAUUAAGGAAUGUUGAUCCAAUUAAAGAGAUUAAUCCUUGGAGUGAAGAGAUAAAUGAGUUUCCUAUUGAUGUUUCAAUUUGAAGUGGGGGAUUUUGUAAAGUUAAAGUUGUUGAUCCUUGAGAUUAGCUACUAAGUUAUGGCAUUGGUUUAAUAAAACUACUAAUAUUGUAUUAAUACUUUGUUGUGUGUAUG